AUGGACGUGUACGGUCAGAUGCCUGCCCCUCAUCAUCAGCACCUGCCACCCCAGGCCCACCAGUACCAGCCCCAGUCUCAGCCUCAGCCCCAGGGGGUCCCCUUCACGGCCGCCCCCCCGAGUAUGCUGCCUGCCCUGGAUGAGAUGGGGGUGAGGGGGGUGGCGAGGAGGGUGAUCACUUUGCCCCCUAUCGUCCAGCGGGUCCCCAGCUUCUCCUCUCGCAGGGGGACUAGAAGGGGAGGAGGAGGGACCAGGGGGUUCCCCAGAAUAUCCAGUCAAUCCAGUGGCAGCUCCAACCGGACCAGCGUUGACGGAGGGGGGGGGGGCGACAGUGGGCAUUACCGUGACACGCUGUGUGAAAACCGCCACCCCUCUCCUCCGCGGCGAGGCAUUCUGCAUAGCUACAGCGAUGAGUCGGACUGGGACAACAGGAGAGGAGGGCCGAGGAGGGAGGGGCGAGGUUCGGCCGGGAGUAGGACGGGUUGGUCCGGGUCAGCACAGCGGUCCUGUAGUCGCGAUGACCUGAUGAAGGAGCUGCAUCGGUCGGCCCCAGCCAGGCAAGACGGGAGCUACUCACCUCCUCCCCUUCUUCAAGGGUCCUUGAGCUCAGAUGAGGAGGACAGCAGGAGAGGGGGAGGAAGGGACGGGACAGGGGGAGGCAAGGGGAAGCUGUGGCCAGAGAAACGCCCCAGCUACUCCUCCAUCGAUAUCCAGAACGACAACAGGAGGAACUACGACCGCUACUCGGUAAGAAACACACACGAGUGCUGAUGUACGACUCCUACCCAUAUACAGUGCAUUCGGAAAGUAUUCAGGCCCCUUGACUUUUUCCAUAUUCUGUUACGUUAAAGCCUUAUUCUAAAUUGGAUUAAAUUAUUAUUUUUCCUCAUCGAUCUUCACAUAAUACCCCAUGAUGACAAAGCAAAAACAGGUUUUUAGAAAAUUUUGCAAAUGUAUAAAGAUAUAAUAAUACAGAAAUAUACAUUUACAUAAGUAUUCAGACCCUUUACUCAGUACUUUGUUGAAGGACCUUUUCUCAUGGUCUGAGAGACCUUUAAGUGCCUUUUGGGAAACUCCAAGCGGGCUGUCAUGUGCCUUUUACUGAGGAGUGGCUUCCAUCUGGCCACUCUACCAUAAAGGCCUGAUUGGUGGAGUGCUGCAGAGAUGGUUGUCCUUCUGGAAGGUUCUCCCAUCUCCACAGAGGAACUCUGGAGCUCUGUCAGAGUGACCAUCGGAUUCUUGGUCACCUCCCUGACCAAGGCCCUUCUCCCCCGAUUGCUCAGUUUGGCCAGCUCUAGGACGAGUCUUGGUGGUUCCAAACUUCUUCCAUUUAAGAAUGAUAGAGGCCACUGUGUUCUUGGGGACCUUCAAUGCUGCAGACAUUUUUUGGUACCCUUCCCCAGAUCUGUGCCUCAACCCAAUCCUGUCUCGGAGCUCUAUGGACAAUUCCUUCGACCUCAUGGCUUGGUUUUUGCUCAGACAUGCACUGCCAACUUUAUAUAGACAGGUGUGUGCCUUUCCAAAUCAUGUCCAAUCAAUUGAAUUUAGCACAGGUGGACUCCAAUCAAGUUGUAGAAACAUCUCAAGGAUGAUCAAUGGAAACCGGAUGCACCUGAGCUCAAUUUCGAGUCUCAUAGCAAAGGGUCUUAAUACUUAUGUAAAUAAGGUAUUUCUGUUCUUAAAAAAAAAGAAAUGUACAAACAUUUCGAAAAACCUUUGUCAUUAUGGGGUAUUAUGUGUAGAUUGAUGAGAAGAAAAAAUUAAUUUUAUAAUAAGGCUGUAACGUUAUAAAAUGUGAAAAAAGGGAAGGGGUCUGAAUACUUUCCGAAUGCUCUGUAACAUUGUGUACUCACACAUACACUACAUUCGGGAUCGUACUGUCCUGGAACGGACAUACUGUACAUGCAGAAUGGUACAGUACACACACACGCAUCCAGACAUUCACAUGCACUCUUUUGACUACACAAAUUACACUAGCGUAAUAAACAGAUUUCGUUACCCUCUCCUCUCCUCUUUCUCUCUCCCCAUCCCUUUCUCUGUUUCCCUCUCCCUGUCUUUUUCUCUUUUUCAGGAUAAGAGCUCUCGUAGUGGUACCAGUGUGGUGA